AUGGACCGAAUGACGGAAGGGAUAUUGGAACGGAAAAUUUCAUCGAAUGGAUCUAGAAAAAUAAUUCUUGAUAACAAGUAUUUUAAAGGACCAAGCGGUGUCCUUAACAACAAGACUCUUUAUCACAUUGGAAAGCAAGCGCUUAUUGGUGAUGAAGCAGAGAUGGGAAAUAAUUUUUGUUGGGAAACAAUGAUCGGACAGGAGAUUGCGAAACUGGUCACUAUGGAUCUUAUAAUAACUAUUGCAUCUAUAUUCAUUAUUGAUUUCUUCCGUGAUUUAUGGAUUAAGUAUUGCAAUUCAUGGUGGUGUUGGAACAUGGAGACUACCUUUCCGGAAUAUGGAGAAUUUAAGGUAGCAGAAAAUGUGCUUCAUAUUAUUAACAAUCAAGGAAUGGUAUGGCUUGGACUGUUUUUUGCUCCGUUAUUGCCUGCGUUAAAUAAUCUUAAAUUAAUCAUUUUGAUGUAUAUUCGAGGUUGGGCUUGCAUGACGUGCAACGUACCAGCACGUGAAAUAUUCCGUGCUUCCAGGUCUAGUAAUUUCUAUUUAAUGGUACUACUUCUGUGGUUAUUGCUUUGCACACUGCCCGUUGGUUAUGUGAUCGCUUCCAAGAAACCCUCUUCUUCAUGUGGACCUUUUGCGGGUUAUGCUAGAUUUUACAACGUAUUGACGCAAAUGUUGGAAGACCGAUUGGAUAGAAAGGUAAUAGGUUGGCUCAGAUAUAUCGCUUCACCAGGUGUUGUUAUACCGGUUCUUCUACUUCUCAUGUUAAUCAUUUAUUUCCUAGUAUCGUUAGUUCGGGGACUGCGAAAAACGAACAAUGAUCUUCAGCAACAACUUAUACAUGAAAGGACAGAAGAAAAGAAGAAAAUAUUCGAAUUGGCUGGUACUGCAAAGAGGAAAAUUUCUCAAAAAGAUCGACAAGAGAAGAAACAAGCAAUUACAUAUCUACCAUUAGUGGAGCAAAAACGACGCGAACCAUGGAGAUUUUACAAUGGGCAAGACCACGAUUCAUCGUUGUGCGUUACAGAUGAGACUAGCACUAUGACAACUCCAAAUUCUGGUCAAUCACUUUCACCAAAGAAUUUGAAGACGAGACAACCAUUGCCACAACUGAUGAUCCAACAAGAACCCGUGAAAAUUCCCAAACCUCUGCAACAACAAAUCACACAACAGAAUAUGGACGAUCAAAGUGCAAGCGGAAGUGAGACGGAAUCCAAGAGAUUGUUUCCACCAUCAAGUACCAAUAUGACAGACUGGUUCAAACAUGAUGAUGGUGAGGACAGUGAAUUACAAUCCUAUAAUGUGGAGAGUGAUGUGGUAGAGGAGGCCACAUCAGAGGAAGUACGCAAUUUGAUGCAGCGACUAACCAAAUCUAUGCAUGGUUCAGUAGUUGUUUCCUCAAAAAAUGGCGCUUCUGGCAUAAUUGGUCCAGUCACUGUAUUUUUUCCGGCAUCAUCUGUUAAACGAAGUAAUUCCCAAUCAGGACUCAGUCAGUAUUAUUUAUCGAGUCCGUUUCCACGCAACAAGCUGGCCGAUAGUUCAUUGUUCAACAAGCCAUCACAACAUGAACCUAAAACGAGCAAAGCGAUACCAUCCUUAGCACAAUCAUACGUAUCAUCAAUCCAUCAAUCGCAAAGCAAAGACGAAAUACACAUUCCCACAUCACAGUUACAUUUUCCGCCAACGGCUCCGAAAGAUGGAAGUGUGGCAAAUCAGGUUACUUUCAAAGCGGAACUGCGGAUGCCUCAGAUUACUAAUACUCAAACAAAACAGUCCAAAACUUCGCGCCCUUCAAAUCGUUUAAGGGAGAGCAGUACCGAAGAUAUGAACCGUGAAUUUGUUCCUUGGCCAUCUGCGAAAGAAGUUCGACCUGAACUUUCUAGAUUUCUGCUAGGACAACAAAAACCAGAGUCCGAUUUCGGCAAUGAUCAUCCAUCAAAAUGCAUAACGUCUCAUUCUUCUUGCAUGAAAACCGAAGAUUUUGAAGAUCCUUCCUCAGCAUCUCAACAACAUCAGCGUCGUUUCCGCAUAUCAGUUUCACCAACACGACGCUUUCAAACUCAAAGUGGCCCUUCCGAAAGCGAUACCGACACCAGGUAUAUAAUAUCCUCCGUCUCUUUCCUUUUAUGGUUGCAAUUUUUUAUGUCCAAAUUCGAUCACACUGAAUUCAGCUAAACC